GAACCUCUACACGACAUAUGAGUACAGCGACCAGGAGUCGUGGCACAAGACCUGCAAUUACCGCUGAGUUCGGCGCUCAGACAACUGCUAGUAUUAGAGAGGUGAAAGUGGGUGGCACAGAUUUUGCGAUGCAGACAACACCAAGUUUGGAAGGUAAAGAGGCCAAAGCUACGCCGGUGGUGGAAAGCUCCAAAGAGCUGCGACAGCCAGUGCUGACAGUUGAUCGGGGCACAGGCGAUGAGGAUUCUAUAUCGCAGAUUUAUUUGAGCGGUCUCUCAGCGGGCGAAACACCUUCCUCCGCAAGUGCGGCACAUUAUUAUGAUAAAGAGACGGACAACGAAAUGGUAGCACGUGUGAAGAAGUUAACAAAGCUGCGAAAUCUAAUACCGCACACUCCCAGCCUCGAUUCGUCGAACUUGUUUAUCAGACGAGAGGUCGCCAGUCAAGAUGAAAACCAACGCUGUUAUGACGAGGCCAGUUUGGAAAGUCAGGCAUAUAAGCAGUUUAUGUUUUCACCAAGCGGCUCGUUGACUUACGGUGGUGAUGAACCUAAUGGGAAUAAUAAUACUGUUAGGUUGACUGGUGACUUACGGCAGCCAAAUGAGCCACAUGAAAUGGAAGCACAAGAAUCAGAUGCGGAAAUGGCGGAGAGGCCAGCCACAGCUCCGCCUGCAGGUAGCGCUUCAUCAUCGCUCUCCAGCGAACCGUAUUUACAGAGUGCUUUUGCUACGAAUUUGCAACUCGGUGAUGGCUUUCUAUAUAUGGUCAUACCACCGGAUGGCGGUUACGGUUGGUUCAUUAUGGUCAUCUCGUUUUUCUGUCAAGUCAUCGUUGAUGGCAUCAUUUUCUCAGUCGGCAUAUUGCUGCCCCACAUGGCUAGAGGUCUUGGUGAGACGCAGACGACUAUAGUGCUUGUGGCCUCAGUUCAAGUUGGUUGUUAUUUUCUUGCAGGUUCUGUGGCGAGCGCUUUUAUCAAUAAGUAUGGUUUUCGUGUGGUGGCUUUGCUUGGUGGGAUCUGUUCGAUCGUUUUUAUCAUGAUCGGCACUUUCAGUAACAACUUGGCAAUGCUUAUUUUUUUCUACAGCGUGUUGGGUGGAACAUCUCUGAGUUUAAUUUGGGUCUCGUCUCAGUUAAUUAUUGGCUAUUAUUUUGAACGCUAUCGUCCUAUCGCGAAUGGUUUAUCGUGUUCCGGGGCUGGAGCGGGUAUUUUGAUAUUUUCCUUCAUGAAUGCACAGAUAUGUCCAGAUAUUGGUUGGCGCAAUACCUCGCGUAUACAUACAGCAUUGUUGUUGCUGAUUUUGCUCAUGGGCAUGACUUUCAUUGAGGUUACACCAACACGCAUAGCGACGGUGAAAAGGGACGAGUCAUCGUCUUCAUCAAGCGAGGACAAUUCAUCGGCGCCCUUCAAUGAAGUACGCUAUUCGCGGUUUCAAGAGUCGAUAUCGAUUAAAACCACGUCCAUCGAUAGAGGGCUGGAGCAGAUGCUUGAGGUUUAUGAACCGCAGAAAAUGCACCAUAUUGAGCGCAUGUGUCCUUGUUGCUGUCGUAAAAAACGCUUGACACGCAGUCGCACACCCGACGAGCAGGCCGACACUGGCGACGAAGCGCUGGAAGGUGAUGUUGAAGAUUUACAACAGCCGAAAAGAUAUCUGGUACGUGUAGAUCCAAUAGAGCGUGAAGAUCUCUUCUAUACCGGUGCUGCGGAGUACGAUAGUGAUGGUGCAGUGAAAACAAGGCGCACCGCAAACCAUUUAAUUUCAUUCAAAAGCGAGCGGGCCAAGACCGUAAAAUACUCUCUAUCAGUUGUGCGCUCACAACGUCAAUAUCCGGACGCUAAAAGACGCACAAUUGCUGAGCUACGUAAUCGUCAUAAAAAUCCCUACUGGGUUUUCAUCUCACCACGCAAUUGGAUGCCUGCUAAGCUGCUGAAUGCAUUCGCUCGACUUUUCGAUAUGAAUAUGUUGAAGAUUAUAGAAUUUCGCAUCCUGCUGUUGUCGGCGUUCUUCUUCACGAUGGGUUUUAACAUACCCUUUGUCUACUCGAAAAUACGCGCUGAAGUGGAUCCUUUCAAUGCCAGUCUAAUCUCACCCACUAUUGGUCUCUCCAACUUGAUAUUCCGCAUUGCUUCCGGCUUCGCAGCUAACAAAUAUCGCUCGCAAACUACAUAUAUGUGUGGCGGCGGCAUUGUCUUUGGUGGUAUUGCCACGCUGGUGAGUGCCUUUUAUGGUGAGGAUGUUGUGUGGUUUCAAUACACAUAUGCUGCUUGUUACGGUGUGGCGCCAGCAUUUUUCUCCACUCUACGUGCGAUCAUCUACGUACGCACUUUGGGUUUAGAGCGAUUAACUAAUGCUUUCGGCCUUACCGGCUUGGGAAUGGGACUCGGCGUUUUUCUGGGCACCACAACCGCUGCGAUACUUAACGGUCUCACUCACCGUUAUAAUGCUGCAUUUGCAUUUUCUGGCGUGUGCUUGAUUACGUCCGGCGUUUUGAAAGUAAUUCUACCAUCCUUUUUACGCUAUAGAGCAAGGAUUGUGUUGGAACAAGAAGCGAAAGGGCAAACUGAGAAUAAGGUUAAUAAAUAAUUUGAGUGUCAAGCGGUAAUUUGCAAUAAAAUAGCUAAAGAAAACAAGAAAUAUUGUGU